AUGUCUGAGAAAAAGGGGAGGAAGGAGGAAGUGGUGACCAGAGAGUACACCAUCAACCUCCACAGACGCCUUCAUAGCUGCACCUUCAAGAAGAAGGCUCCAAAGGCAAUCAAGGAGAUCAGGAAGUUUGCAGAGAAAGCAAUGGGGACCAAGGACGUUAGAGUAGACGUGAAAUUGAACAAGCAAAUAUGGAGCAGAGGAAUCAGAGGUCCUCCAAGGAGGAUCAGAGUCCGUGUUGCGCGUAAGAGAAACGACGACGAGGACGCAAAGGAGGAGUUUUUCUCGCUUGUCACUGUUGCUGAAAUCCCAGCUGAAGGACUCAGUGGACUCGGCACUAAGGUCAUUGAAGAGGAGGAUUGA